AUGUCCGCUGUCGCCGCUGAUGCAGGCCCCGCCCCCUGGAGGAACAACAGCCUGGUGCUGGGGGGGGGGCGGGACCCUCCCCUAUCUGACCAGGGAGACACCAUCAUCGGAGUCUACCUGCUGCUGCUUGGGUGGCUGUCCUGGUUUGGAAACAGCAUCGUCCUGUUCGUGUUGUGCCGGCAGAGAGCCACGCUGCAGCCCACUGACUACCUGACCUUUAACCUGGCCGUCUCCGACGCCAGCAUCUCCGUGUUCGGCUACUCCAGAGGCAUCAUCGAGAUCUUCAACGUCUUCCAGGGCAGCGACUUCAUCAUCUCCUCCAUAUGGACCUGCGAGGUAGACGGGUUCUUUACGCUGAUAUUUGGUCUGAUCAGCAUCCUCACGCUGACGGCGAUCAGCAUCACGCGCUACAUCAAAGGCUGUCACCCCAGCAGAGCCCAUCACAUCACCCGGACCAGUGUAUGCGUGACUCUACUGCUCAUCUGGAUCACAGCUGCAUUCUGGGCCGGAGCGCCUCUGCUUGGCUGGGCAAGCUACAAAGAUCGGGGGUACGGGACCUGUGAGAUCGACUGGGCCAAAGCCAGCUACCUGCCGGCCUACCGCGCCUACAUCAUCUCCAUCUUCAGCAGCUGCUUCUUCCUGCCGGUGCUCAUCAUGCUCUUCUGCUACAUCUCCAUCAUCAACACGGUGAAGAGAGGGAACGCCAUGGCCGCCGGGGGGGAGCUCUCUGACCGUCAGAGGAAGAUCGAGAGAGACGUCACCAUCGUUUCCAUCGUGAUCUGCACGGCGUUCAUCCUGGCGUGGUCUCCGUACGCUGUGGUGUCCAUCUGGUCCGCCUGGGGCUACCACGUGCCCAACCUCACCAGCAUCUUCACGCGCCUCUUCGCCAAGUCCGCCAGCUUCUACAACCCGCUCAUCUACUUCGGGCUCAGCUCCAAGUUCCGUAAAGACGUGGUCGUGCUGCUGCCGUGCACGCCCGACGCCAAAGACGCCGUGCGGCUGAAGCGCUUCAGACCCAAAGCCGACGCCAGACUCAAAGUCCCGCUGAACCGCACCGAGAAGAAGUACUCGCCCGGCAACAACCCGUACCCACUGCCGGAGAGCCCGCCCGCCACGCCCCCACCAGCCAACACGGAAGUGUUCUACACGGCCACACCCCUCCCAUCGGAGAGCAGCGUCGCCAACAAGGAAAUGUUCUACACGGCUACACCCCUCUCACUGGAGAGCAGCGUCACCAACAAGGAAGUGUUCUACAUCAACAUGCCCCACCCCUCAGAGAGCAGCGCCGACUUUGAGUGUGACAGACUCUGA